AUGACUCGUGAAAUUCCAGGGUUCUAUUAUGACCCGGAGAAGAAGAAGUAUUUCAAGAUUCAAGCCAACCAUGCUGCAAUUCCAAAUGCGCAAUACUCACAGCAAUCUGUGAAGCGAAAGCGGUCUGAGCUGACGACACGUGAAAACAAGACACGAUUCAGAGAACGCGAGAGUAAAGAGACAAUACGAAAGGCUGCAUCGUUGAGGCAUCCCUUGGUUAACCUCCAAAGGGAGAUUGGAGCGGUCGAAUCCUCCUCCCGCGCCAGGCAAGAACAGCAGGCUCGCAUUCAAGCCAGCCAACUGCACCGUGGGGAACUGCAUCGUUUUGAGCCAUGGCCUAACGCCUACAGUAUCCGCCAUGUCUUGCGCAACCCACGUUCUGGGACACUGAUUGCUAGCUCGGCUCGCGGAUAUGAAUCGUCUGUGUCGGUAUGUUUUCCUGACAUUGAUGAAUCACAAUGGAGUUAUGAUCACACCAUGGAACGGGUGUUAUUCAGAGAGCCGUACUGGUUGGGAUCAAUGUCUUUGAGCCACACAGGAUACCUGCUUGCAACAAUGAACGAAGGACCACAAGGUGACUGCUUCCUUUCAGCUCAUCUCCUCCCAGAGCCCGACGAAGGCGGCAACUACCGCUGGCCAACAUGUACGCUUCCAUAUUUAUCUCUAUCUCGGGACACCUCGCUUACCAAAGCCGUUCCAGUCUCCCAUCCGAUUAGAAUCAAACCCCACUACCCGAUGUCCUUCUGGUGCUCUGCAUCCCAACCUACAGGAUCAAGCGCCCACUUCGCCAUAGGAACUUCAGAAGGACUCCACACCCUGGAAGGUGCCAGUAGCCACUGGAGCCUAUCGAAGAAGCCAUUCAAGGGCAAUACGGUUUCCACAAACAACAGAAGACGCACCGAGCGCAGCCAGAGCCAAAACAGCGUGCAUGCCGUGGAAUGGUUGUCGCAGGACGUGAUUGCGGCUGGACAGAAAAACUCCAAGAUCUUCCUCCAUGACCUACGCAGUGGUGGCAGUGUCACACGCCUUCAGCACAACGAUGCCGUGAUGGAAAUGAAGCAGAUGGAUGAGCACCGGCUCGUGGCAGCGGGACCUAGCUCACUACGAUUGUACGACCUCCGCUUCGCGCCAAAGGCACUUAAACAUCACGGCUCCUCGAAGCCCUACCUCACUUUCCCCGAAUUCUCCUCACUUCCCCUCCCAACCUUCGACCUAAGCACUGAGCUUGGUCUGCUGGCUAGUCCCUCCCAAGACUGCAAAAUCCAGCUCUUCUCUCUUCAAACCGGACUACAGGUCUCCUCGCCUCUCACGGGGCAUCAAUAUUUGUCGCCACCUAGCUGUGUGCGAUUCGAGUAUGGCAAUGAUACCCCGGAUUGGCGAGGGCCGCAUGGACCGAGUUUGUUGGUCGGCACGGAUGAUGUAGUUGAGCAGUGGACCUGGUAG